AUGCUCUCUGAGCUGGAUGCCCACCGCCUAGGUGUCUUUUGGGGGCCUCCUGGCUCUGGCAAGACCACUGUCAUAGCCUCUUAUGUCUUGACUGCACUUGCUCAUGGCAAAAGCUUUAUUUGGCUUAUUGCUCAGUCUAAUGUUGCUGUGAAGAACAUUGCAGAGAAGCUUCUUGACUUUGACUUGCAUAACUGGAAGCUCCUUGUUUCCAAGGAUUUCUUUCAGCACUGGCAUGAGCAUCUGUAUGACAAGCUGAGGGCUAAUGUCAUUAUCUCUGAUGAGUUCAAGGGAGUUCAGAGGGAGCUACAGGGGUGCUCAGUUGUUCUCUGCACUUUGUCUAUGCUCUCCAACCCUGUACUUCAUCGACAGAACAUAUUCAAGACAUUCCCUCUCAGGACUCUCAUUAUAGAUGAGGCUUCCCAGAUUGAAGUAGGGGAGUAUUUCUCUGUUUUCAAUUCCCAUGAUACCAUACGUAAGGUCUGCUUUAUUGGAGAUGAUCAACAAUACCGUAUGCCACCUCAGAUUGGUGCAUUUAUCUCUGAGGCUAUCUACUCUGGCUUGUUGCAAUCAUGGGAGGACCAUCCCAUCACUGGAGAGGAUAUGGCUUGCCGGUUUGUCAAUGUUAGGGGUCAGGAGGAGUCUGAUCAGAAGAGCUGGAAGAACACUGAAGAGUGUGAAGCCAUUCUUCAGAUAGCAGCUGAAUUUGAAUCCCAAGGAAGGAGUUACAGGAUCAUUACCCCCUAUGAGGCUCAGAGGAGUCUUAUGGAGCAGGGGAUGAAGGACAGGGAGCUUAUUUGGGAGGAUAAGUGCUUCAAUGUUGACUCUUUCCAAGGAAAUGAGGAUGAAUAUAUCCUAAUAUCGCUUGUCAGAACCAGAGCUCUUGGCUUUCUUUCUGACCUACGUCGCACCAAUGUUAUGCUUACUAGGUGCAAGAGGGGGAUGGUGAUUUUUACCAACAGGGCUUUCAUUGAGGGGAGAGGGUCAGAGAGUCUUGUUGGAAAUCUGCUUGGGUACUAUGGGGAUGAGGCUUGGCUGGAGGCCAAAGAGCUUCAGAAUGUGGAGAGCUUGGGUCUUUGA